AUGCGUCUAUCUGACGCAUAUGUGAUUUCUGGAGAUGGCAAUUCAAAAGUUUCUGCAACAAUCACAGCUCCAGCUGAUAAUUAUGCGGAGUGGGCACAGCAUGCGCUCAUUGGAAAUCAAUUGUACAUUUUUGGUGGCUCUUCGGACUCCAGAAAGGCUAUAGACUCGCAUUCGUCUCUUCAAAUCAACGAUUCGAUAUUCCUGAUUUCCGGUUAUGGAUCAGAUAAUGUCGAAAGAGUCGACAUGGACGGAGACGAAAUAAAAAGCUCCGAAAUUAUUGGCAAUCAUAGCGGUGGCCAAGUUGUGCCAGUCUUGUUCCAAGUCUCUGCUGGAUUCUGCGCUUAA